AUGUAUGACUUCCACACCUCCGACCACUGCGGGACACACAUCGAGGCACCAAGAAGCUUGUACAAGGAGAAAAGAAGCACAGGAGAAAUUCCCUUGGAUGACCUCAUUGGACUAUCUGUUGUAAUAGAUAUUCAUCAGAAGGCUUUAUCAAACUCGGACUAUCAGUUGAUGCCGAGUGACAUCGAGGACUGGGAAGAAAAACAUGGCAAGAUCCCGGAGGGCGUGAUUUUGUUAGUGUACACGGGGUGGGGGAAAUUCUACUCCGACAGUAAGAAAUAUCUGGGAAUGCAACCCACUGGAAACGUAUCCAAUAUGCACUUUCCAGGUAAGUACUAAAGCUUCAGUCGUAUGAUCCGUAGAUCAUGCUAGAGAGAUUGUUACAUCAUUUAAUAACAUAUCGACCAACGGAUAGUGUGUGUGUGUGUGUGUGUGUUUUUUUUGUGGAUUCGUUCACUUUGAGCUCCAGAAGUACGGUUAUAAUCAUUGAUAUUCAAUUUACACGCUUUGGAAAAGCGUUUUCUCCUAUUUUGCGAAGCGUUAAUCCCAACGGGAGUGACAGGCGUUGACUCGGUAGCUACGUUUUCAUCACGUUUAAAGACGCCUUUUGGAGUCCUUAUUACUUCAUAUGUCUUCCAUACAAUGCAAUUAAAAGGUAGAGCCCUCUAGAACAUAAUCUACCCGCCAAAGAAAAAGCUUAUUGGAACAAGCAGCAUUUUGGCAUGAGGUAAAUGUCGUGUGGCCUGCUGACACCUUUUACACUAUGAAUAUGUUUUUUGACGUGUAGGUCCCGUUUUUGCCUUGCCUUGUGAAGAUCAGCCAGCACAAGGACUAAUAAGCACAGGGAAGAAAGUUCAUCAUUAAUUGUGUUCCAAAUCGACAACGUAUCCACUCCAGUUUUUAGAAGGAAAGUACGGGAACUUCGUGCACACUUAUUUACAGGAGUAUUCGCACUCUUUUAGAGAAGAAAGUACUAAAAUGUUCACAAAUGCGUUCCUAAAAUACACCCUUUUAGCUUAAUAAAACAGAGGAUCACAGAACAGCUGUACCUUCCUAGCCUCGACACAGAACAACUAGAGCCGCUCUUUUAAAAGUAAAAAAAUCCAACUAAAGGGGUUUGCGUGAAAAACCGAAACCAUGGUCUUGAAUGAUCACAAAGUGGUAAAAACAGAACAAUCGCCGUUGAGCUUAUUCAAAAUAUAAGGGCGAAACUUCUCGCUGCAGUCCAAAACAACCGUUAAAAAUACCAUUUGCUCAGUCAAAACGUAGAACCCUCUAGGACAUUAUCUCCCCACCAGAGGAAAAAAAAAUAAUGGGACAAGCAGUAUUUUCAGGUAACAGUCGUGUGGCCUACGGGCCCCUUUUUCUUCACUAAUAAUUCAGCUACUAAUUAGUUGUUUUUGUAUUCAAGCCUGAAUAAACGAGUAGUUGAAAAAGCAAACCCUUUUGCAAUGGAGACUAUGCGUCUGCUGUCUCUCUACUGACUGACAAACUUGUUGAUCUUCAGGUAUCCACCCAGACUCAGCCAAGUGGAUGGCGACUCGAAAGGUAAAAGCAGUUGGUUCGGACACAGCGUCGCUUGACUAUGGCCAGUCGAAAGAUUUCCAGUCUCGCAAAACUUUAUUCAAGGAAAACAUCCCUGCAUAUGUGAACGUGGCCAAUCUGGACAAGUUACCCUCCAAAGGAGCCACCGUGUUUGCUCUGCCAAUGAAAAUCACCCAUGGCACUGGGGGACCGCUCAGAAUCUUCGCUAAACUUGGAGGAGAGUGUCCCACAUCAGGCACUGGUCGAAGUCUCGCCAGCGGACAAAUGUUUCAGAUUAUAACUCUCCUGCUAGUGCUUAAGUUGAUCGAGUAA